AUGAAAAAACUACCAGAAAAAUUGCUGGGAUAUACCAAAUACAAGGAAAUCAAGCAUGGUGUAAAACAAUUGGUAUAUGAGUCAUCUAAUGCUGAAGAUUUUGAGAAUAGGUGGGCAAAAUUCAUUGAAAAGUAUGAUCUAGAACUUAAUGAAUGGCUUUACACUCUUUACGAAGAAAGACGUCGAUGGGUUCCUUGUUAUUUGAAAUGUCAUUUCUGGGCAGGCAUGUCCACAACUCAAAGAAGUGAGGGAAUGAAUGCUUUCUUUGAUGGGUUCAUGAACUCUACAACCACACUCCAACAAUUUGUUGCCCAAUAUGACAAUGCCCUUCGUUCUAAGGCGGAGAAAGAGUGCGAAGCAGACUUCGCUUCUACUAAUACUACCCUUCCAUCUGGGUCUCAAUCAUUUAUUGAGAGACAAUUUCAGGAUGAAUACACUCAUGCGAAGUUUGGUGAAGUGCAAAAUGAGCUUAGGUGUAAAAUGAAUUGUAAUAUCAAAAGUGUUGAAGUUCAUGGUUGUAAGGCAAAGUAUAUUGUUAAAGAGGCGUUGAUAUGGAAAGACCAAAGUGCAGACAAAUUUAAUGAAGUUAUAUUUGAUCUUAUGACAAAAGACAUUGAAUGCACUUGUCGGCUUUUUGAGUUUAGAGGAGUUCUUUGCCGCCACAAUUUGAUAGUCCUUGCCUAA